AUGAAAAAAAUACAACUUCAAGCUGCUUCGCUUGUUUCAAAUACUGAACAAAAUAUUGUUAAGUGGCUCCAGGUUGUUAAUCGUUACUGCACACUUGCUAAUACAGCUCCUAGGAUCGAACUAAUUAAUGAUGUAGUGACUUUGAAGGACUUUUUAUGUAGAUUUAUUACAUGGCUUUGCAAAAAAAUGGAGAGGAAUAUAAAGUCGAAUCGAUAUCAAUUUCCACGAGCACUUCGCACUUCAGAUGGAAAAAUGAGACUUCUUCAAGAUCAAGGACUUGGUGACCCAAAAGUAGCCGAAGGGUUAUCUGUACAUGACAUCGAAAAACUUUUAGACCAUGAAUAUAUGAAAG